AUGUCGGCGGCCGUCUCUCACCACACCCGGCCCCAACCCGACGAAGCACGCUUCCCGGCCUUUUCGCAGCUCCCUGCGGAGAUCCGCCACGAGAUAUGGCAUCUGGCGCUCUCGGCGUCCUGGUCCUGGUCGGGCAACGUCUACGACGGUCGACGGGAGAGGAGGGCGCUCACGGGCGUGUUCCGCCGACAGGUCAGCCUCUCGUGCCGCGAGGCGCAGCACAUCUUCAAGUCGAGGUCCGUCUUCAUGGCCAGUUUUCACACGUGGAUCGACGUGAGCUGCCACGUGUUCUACCUGCGCGCCCCCUUGUACCCCCGUGAGCUUGAGCGCGCUCGCCACGUCGUCUUGAACCCGGUGGGGUGGCAGAUGCUCCUUCUGAUGGUGGAAAUGGUCAGCGAGUGCUGCAGGGAGCUGAGCACGCUUGUUGUCGUCGCGCCGUGGGCGGACCCCAGGGACUUGCCCGCCGACCAGACGCCCGAGACCUGGGCGCCGCUGGAGGACUGGAGAAUGAUUUGCGCUCCUCAUACCAUGGAGGAGCACCAAGAUGGGCUGGUCCACGAUAUUGAGUGCUCGGGCGCCGCCGAGGAGAUGAGGACUGCCGAGUACCACGCUCGGCUUUUGGAGGCGGCAGGGAGGGUUCCCAAGGCGAUGCAUGAGCGGGAUCACGUCUUCGGCCGGCUCUUGAUAGUCCUUAGGAAGCUGAAUAAGGCGUUGGGCGAGUUUUCGGGCACGGCGCCGAGGCUUUACUUGCGUACUGCAUCGCAAUUACGAGCUUGGUAA